UCCAACUCAUAUCUCUUUAUUAUCUACUCAUCAAUACUUUGUUUUGAGAUUUUCUCAAAUGGCUAGCCUGAAGGUUGUUUGUGCGUUGGUUAUUUGCAUGAUGAUGAGUGCUCAAAUGGGUUAUGCCUUGGAUUGUACCGAGGUGCAAAACGACCUGAAGCCAUGUGAAACUUACUUGUUCGGCGGUGUGAGUCAGCCCCCAGAAACCUGCUGCAAUGGAGUCACCAGCCUGAACAAUGCUGCCUACACCACAGCUCUCCGCCAAAAGGCCUGUUACUGCGUGAUGUCUUUCGCUCAGCAAUUCGCCUCUAAAAUCAAUGUUAAUAAUGCUCGUUCCCUCCCUACCAAGUGUCAAGUCAAACUUCCUUUCACCAUCAGCACCUCCACUAACUGCUCUAGCAUCAAGUGAAAUGCAUCAACAGGCUCCAAAAUGUUCUACCUUGAAGAAUAAAAGAAGACACUUGUGUAUUCGUGAGGGUCUUCAAUGGCUUAAAAUCUGUGAGAUCAUGUUAUGUGUCUUAAUAAGAUUAUGUAUGUGCUCAACUAUGUGAGUCGUUUCAGGCUAUCGAAACGACAGAAUCUAUAUACAAAUAAUUGAACUUAUUUCGA